AGUAGUCUUUGCCACAGCGUGAGAGGUUUCUGACUUUGCACAGAACUGACCUGACCUGUGAGGUGAAAGAAAUGGCUCUUUCCAGCUCUCAUAGGGUGACAAUGAAUGAUGGGAAUACCAUCCCGGUGCUGGGACUUGGUACUUAUGCACCCAGAAGUGUUCCCAAAAGCGAAGGUGAGAUGGCCACAAAGGUGGCUAUUGAGGUGGGCUUCCGCCAUAUUGAUGGGGCUUUCCUAUAUGAAAAUGAAAAAGAAGUUGGACAGGCAAUCCGCGCGAAGAUUGCCGAUGGGACAGUGACCAGAAAGGACAUAUUCUACACCGGGAAGCUUUGGAAUACAUACCACCGCCCAGAAUUGGUCAGGCCUGCCUUGGAAGAGACGCUGAAAAACCUCCAGCUUGAUUACAUUGACCUUUAUAUUAUCCACUGCCCCAUGUCUUUUAAACCUGGCAAAGAUAUGUUCCCAUUCGAUGAAAAUCAGAAAGUUAUCAGUGACUCUGUGGAUUUGCGUGAUACUUGGGAGGCCAUGGAGAAAUGUAAGGAUGCAGGCCUCGUGAAAUCCAUUGGAGUGUCCAACUUCAACCGCAGGCAAUUGGAGAUGAUCCUGAAUAAACGUGGGCUUAAGUAUAAACCUGUCUGCAAUCAGGUGGAAUGCCAUCCUUACUUGAACCAGAGCAAAUUGUUGGAGUUCUGCAAGUCAAAUGAUAUCAUUUUGGUAGCAUAUAGUGCCUUGGGAACCCACAGAGAGGCUGCAUGGGUAGAUCAAAAUUCUCCCCUUGUCCUAGAAGACCCAGUGCUGGGAGCCAUUGCUAAGAAGCACAAUCGAACCCCAGCCCAGGUUGCUAUUCGAUACCAGAUUCAGCGAGGGGUGGUAGUCUUGGCAAAGAGCUUCACUGAAAAGCGGAUCAAAGAGAACUUUCAGGUGUUUGACUUCCAGUUGACUCCAGAAGACAUGAAAGCCAUUGAUGGCCUUAACAAAAACCUUCGUUACCUAACCUUUAAUCAAUUCCAAGACAUUCCCAACUAUCCUUUUAAUGAUGAAUAUUAAUGAAGUUUUGACUCAGAAGAUUUGUGGCCCUAAGACAUUGCAGUUCCUUUCAAAGGAAUAGCUUGCAUUCUGCUGGUUUUUAUGGAAAUUAAAUCCAGUAUUAUGGUUAAGUCAUGCACCAUGGCUAAACCUACACCAAAGCACAGGUUAAAGGCAGUUGUUCUAUUAUAAGCUCUGCCUUUCCUGCCCUCAAGAAGACAGAUAUGAUGGUACACAUUUAUGUAGCAUUUCAAAGUUUACCAUACAGUAGUGAAAGUAUUAUCCACUUUUUUUCUGAGAAAGGUAACCUUUCCUCAGAGAGAUUGUAUCAGAGUUAGCAUCUGGCUCACAGUCUUACUCUUUCCUGAGAUCUUACCAUUAUUUGAAGUACUUCAACAUAUCAAUAUUGAUAUCUCCUCCAGCAUCCUAACUACUCAAUUCCUUAAUUUCCUCAACUCUCAUGGACAACUUCUUCACUGUACCACCCAUAUAGUAGUGUAGAUGUGCUGUCCUAGGAAUGGCAGUCCCCUUCAGUUCUCUACAAUUUCAUUACAGCUACUUUUGUAUACAGCAUGAAUGCAGUAAUUUCUGUAACUCUUCUGGAAUGAGAUUUGCCAGUACUAUGGGGUAUGGAAGAAAGCCAAUCAUAUUCAUACAUACAUACAUAUACAUAGUAAGAAAACAAUCACAUGCUAUGAUU